AACCUUUUAAUGUUUUGGUCUAUUUUUUAUGUAAAUACUAGAAGAAUUACCAAAUAAAAUACACAGUCGAGGAUUUGGCGCUCAUUAUUCAAAAUAAAAUAACGCUAAUAAAAGUCUAUUAAGGUCCCGCACAAUUGCACAAAUAACAACAGUCAAACAGUCGCCGCCCAAGGCAACAGCUAUGAGCAAGGUGCGCAGGCUGUACCAUCAGAAAUAUCGUGAAGAUUGGGAGCGAUUCCCAUCGUUUUCGGAGUGGUUGUGCCGUGGCGAUGAUGGCUACUCGGCGCACUGCAAAAUAUGCGACGCCAACGUUUUGGCACGACUCGCGUCCAUUAAGCAGCACCACAACACGGCCAAGCAUCAAAAGGCCCUCAAGUGUCACCAGUUCGCUGCAAAGGGUAUUGCGAUCAAAAUGGAGCCCAGCGCAAAUGAGGAGCCAAAGCCAAUGUCACAAAAAUAUAUCAUUGCUUCGAAGCCGAAACCAAAAGCGAAACGGGCCAAGGUUGAUAAAGUUGAAUCCAUUGAUUCGAUGGAGCCCGACACAUGCUCGAACGAUUCGAUUCUAGAGGAUUUGUUGGGCAACGAUGAUAUGGAGCAGCAAUAUCUACAGGAGAUAAGCGACCAGGAAAUCGAACAAGAUAUAAAGCCGGAGACGAUUCAAGAGUUUAAAAUUGAUGAAAUGCAAGAUGAUAAUCUAACAGACGACAACAUCAUAAGCGAAUUUGAUCUAUUUGGCAAGAGCGUUUCCCUACAACUAAACCACAUGGAGCUGGAGGAUGCGUUGCUCUGUCAGGAGCGCCUGCAGGUAGUGCUAACAGAAUUUCGACUAAAAAUCUUAAAACGUAAAUCAAAACGCAAUUUCUAAACUUGUUUCAAACCUAAACUUAUUAUCAAGUUAUAUAUAAUUAUAUACACUGACAAGCAUAACUAACUUAUAUACAGAAAUAUAUGUU